AUGGCGUCUCUGACCCCAGGAAUUCUGUUAAAACUCCUCCAGACGAUGAACACCACCACUCGAGUUACUGGCGACCACCGUUCCCCUCUUCUCCAGGUCAUAGGCAUUGUUCCUGCUCUUGCAGCAGGCUCAGACGACCUCUGGCCUAACCAUGGCUUCUAUGUUUCUCUCUCUGACUCCGUUAACUCAACUUACGUCUCUCUAUCUGACCGGGACACAGAUCUCAUCCUCACUAACCGCUUACAGCUUGGCCAGUUUGUCUACGUUGACAAAUUCGACUUUGAUUCUCCGGUUCCACGUGUAUCUGGAGUCCGUCCGAUUGCUGGACGUCACCCGUUUGUUGGAUGUCCUGAACAGCUUAUUGCCAGGAUUUCCAGUACGAAGAGAGAGUUUGUCAUCCAGACGGCCUCGGAUUCAGAUGCUUCUGUAGAUCCUAUUGCUGCUUAUUUGUCAAGUAAAAAGUUUGAAACAGCGGGUAGGAACAGACAAGUACUUGCACCUAGAGAGAAUGUGAAUAAUUUUGAUGAAUCAACAAAGGCUGCAGAAAAGCCUCCUCAGAGGUUUUCAAGCCCAGGUAUGAAGCAACAGAGGCCAGUGUCAGCGGGGAAAAAGAAUGUGGUUGAAAGGGACCCUUCACCAGCCGGAAAAGUAAAAAGAUCAUCAUCUCCGGUGCCUUCAAAGUGUGUGGUUCCUAGCUUGGUUGUGGCUAAAGAGGAGAACCGAAAGGCUGCAAGAGAGCCAGCUAUCAUUGUGCCUUCAAGAUAUAGGCAGCCUUCGCCUACUGGGCGGAAGCAGGCAUCUCCAAGUUCAAGGAGAAUGUCAAUGUCGCCAGGAAGGAGGUUGUCAAGUGGAGUUAAAGUUUCUCCAGCAACAGAUUCCGGUAAUAAGAAAAAGAUGGCAACUUUAGCUGCCGAGAUUUCAAAGGUUUCAGGGGCACUUGUUGCUUCUUCUUCAAAGACAGUUGGAUCUUCCACAAAGACAAGUAGGAAGAGCUGGGAUGAAACACCAGGAGCUGCAGAACCCAAAGAGAAGAGUGUCACUAAAUGUAAGCCGGAUUUGCAAGCUAUUUUGAAAACUCAGGCUGCUCUUUCUCGACGAUUAAGUGAUGCACACGAAUCUCCAACCGAAGAAAAAUUAAAAGCUAGCUCGUGUGAUACUCCCCCUCUGCCUGAUAGGCCAACUACUACAGCUCUGGGAAUCACACUUCAUGAAAAGAAAUGGACUGAUGGUAGCAUCCCUCUGGAUGCAGUGUCUUUAGACUUAGCAAGGCUUGGACAGGAUGCUAUGCGAAGGAGAAAUCUGGCUUCAGUAGCUGCCGCUGAAGCUUUGCAAGAGGCCCUUGUCACUGAAGCUAUUCUGAGGAGCUUGAGCAUGUUUUCAAAUCUGUGCUCAAUAUCAAAAGCUGGGAACCCUUUACCGACAAUUGAUAGGUUUAUGAGUGUAUAUAAUGAUGCGGUAAAAGCCACUUCGACGGCUGAAUCAUUUGCAAGCAACCAUAAUCGUAGCACACCUCAUGAUAAUGCUGCACCACCAACAGAUGAUUCAAAAUCACUUGCCCUUUGGGUAGAAGCCGCACUAGCCACUGAUCUUGAGGUUGUUUCCCUCCUAGCAAACCAAGGAAUUGAAUCCCCUUCUCAGCUCCAAAAGAAGAGCCAGAGCCAGAACCCGAACCAGAACCUUCCACAAAAACAAUCUUUAGCUGAAACCGUCAAAAGCCAUUUGAUGAUUUCCUCUUCUUGCCCUUCUUCAUUGCUUGGCGGGGCGUGGAUGAAAGGGCAUGGGUUGAAUGAGAGUUAUGAACUAGGAGUGAAAUUGCAAAAAGAGAUGCAGGCAUGGUUCUUGAAGUUUGUGGAGGAGUCUCUAGAUGCCGGUUUUCAGGUGAUGGGAAAGAAUUGCGUGGCUGCUAAUAGUUAUGAAGUGGGUCCCAUCAAGGUGAUAUUGUCGCAGCUGAAACGAGUGAAUGAUUGGUUGGAUCGUAUGAUCUCAAAGCAGGACGAGGUGCUGACAGGAGCAGUCGACCGAUUGAAGGGAAAGAUCUACAGGUUUGUGAUUCAACAUGUUGGUACCACAUAUGACAAUUCAUCUUGAUGAUGAAUUUGCUUGUUUUCAAGUGAAAACAAAAAACAAAAAAUUCUUGUAUGUUUCUCUGAUAAAAUUUAUUGUCCUUCAUAAAUUUGCUUCCUGCUAUGGUAUAAUGGUAAUGCCAGUUUGAGAUGUGGGA